AUGGAGGACGAGGUUCCCCGCAUGGGUCCAGAAUCCCUGACCUCGGCCAAAGCCAUGAUGGCGCACGGCCCCAACGCGCUGUACAGAUAUGUGGCUGCCAAGAUUGAAGCAUCAAUGGGACGACACCUGCCGCAGAUGGAGGUGCGAUAUCACAAUUUGAGCGUCACUGCGAAGGUGACAAUAUCUGGUCAAGUGACGGCCGAAUCGGAGCUACCCACGGUGCUGAACACUAUCAAACGCAGCUUGGCCAAUUUCACGUGGAACAAGCGCGAGGAGAAUAAAGCAAUCAUCAAAAACGUCAGUGGCGUGUUCAAACCAGCACUACUGGCACUACGCUUUAUCAACCACCAAAAGAGAUAA